CCAAAACUCUCUGCGAAACUCUUUCAAGGUUUACUCGUGCAUGUUAGACCCUUGCAAGAUAUUCUUGUUCAAAAAUUUGGCCCAAUUAAAAGAUAUACAAGUGCGAGCACUAAGCUUUUUUAGCAAAACUGAACGAAGAUCAAUCAUGAACGUGCUGCGCAAAUUCAGUCCCCCUGUCAAUCGGCAAAUGAGAGUACUUGACAAAUCUUUUUUCCAAAAGGAAGUCUCUCUCUUGGUGGCAGCUUUCCCAAAUCCAAAGUUUCUUGGUGAUUUUGUGAAAUCAUGUAAGGGUGAUUUCCUCCUCAUGUCUGGUGUUAAGCACAUUGUGCCUAUUAAUGGAACCAAAGGUGUAUUGUUAAGAGAAGACAUUGAUAGUUUGGAAUCUUACAGGGACCUCUUGUCAUCUACUGCAUUGGCUAAAAUUGCUGAGUAUGAUGUCGAGAUACUCCCAUACACCCUCAAAUUAGAUUAUUCUUUCUGGAAAGCUGAUGACAUUUUGCAUGCUGUUUUACCUGAACAUUUGACCAACGAUAUUCCCACUGGCUUUGCUCAAGCUGGGCAUAUCGCUCACUUUAAUUUGCGUAGUGAGUUCAAGGAAUAUGGACCUUUGAUCGGCCAAGUUAUUUUGGAUAAAAAUUCCAAAAUUGAAACAGUUGUGGACAAAGUUGAUUCUAUCGACACCAAGUUUAGAACAUUUAAGAUGAAAGUGCUAGCUGGAAAGGACGACUUUGUGGUCGAACAAAAUGAAAGUGGUUGUAAAUUUCGCUUUGAUUUUAGCUCGGUUUAUUGGAAUCUGAGACUCAGCACUGAACACGAUAGACUCAUUUCCCAAUUUCAACCCAAUGAGGUUGUCGGUGAUGUGUUUGCCGGGGUGGGGCCUUUUGCUGUUCCUGCUGGUCGUAAAAAUGCCUUGGUUUUGGCAAACGAUUUGAAUCCCGAGUCAUACAAAUACCUCAAAGAAAAUAUACGGUUAAAUAAUGUGGAAGAUUUUGUGAGGCCGUCUAAUCUAGAUGGUAGAGACUUUAUAAGAAACUCCCCGUCGAUGAUUUUGAACUGGGCUAAAUCUGAGAGUGUUAUUGAAAAGCGGAAAACUGUCAAGCGCCGCAAAACUGAUUCUAAUACACAAUUGGCGACAACAGAGAAAUCAGUCGAGAUAACCCAGAUUCAAAUUCCCCAAUUCAUUUCAAACUAUGUCAUGAAUUUACCUGACUCUGCGUUGACUUUCUUGGAUGAAUUUGUUGGCUUGUAUACUCAUGAUGAAGAGGUGGAGAGAAUUGCAAAGAGUGACCCAAAUUUCAGACUACCAAUUAUCAAUGUUCAUUGUUUCGAAAAAUAUUCAUCAGAUGAACCUGAACCAACUAUGGACGAUCUUCAUAGAAGGGUUCAUUCUCGGAUUAUUGAAUACAUUCAAUAUUCGGCUCCAUUUGAGGCAUUUAAUUUUCAUUUGGUGCGGAAAGUUGCGCCUACAAAAUUUAUGUUUUGUGUCACGUUUGAACUUCCUUGGGAUGUUGCAUUUAAAAAGAAGUUUUAAUUCUUGAAGAUCCUGUCUUGUUUAAAGGUUUCUAAACUAUAUCAAGCUCUACACAAGCAAAUACGAUGAAUAAUAUAAUACAAGCCCUGAAAAUACUGGAAUCGUCGUUUCAAAACAGUUAUUCAUCCAUAGUAUACUCAUUCCUAAAAUUCUUCGUGGAUCCAGAGGUCUUUGUAAGGUUUUUGAACAAUGAUCAAACAGGCUCUGCGCACAUGUCUUAUGGAACUGACGUGAGCGUGCUCCUUAAGCACUUGAUGACUUCUUUAUGCAUUUGCUUAAUAGAAAUAUUUUUGUUUUGUUACUUGCGGGCUAUAUGUGUAUACAUUUACC